AUGGAAUCUACACCUUAUGUCGGCGGCGGCCCCUACUGCUACGCCAAUUCCUUUGCCACGGUUCUGGGUGCCAAGGCGCCUUCAACCGCUGUCAUUGAAUUCGCGACGUCUUCUGCUUUUGGCAUGGAAGUUAUCAAUGUCCCAAAGAAUCCCCUCGUCUUCUUUGACCCAUAUGGUUGGGAUCCGCUCAAGAGCUUCGACGACGCCUUGGAGGCCAUGGGCUGGCGCUGCACUCAGAUCAUUGGCAAGGACGCGCAGGACGCCCUCGCCUCCCUCAAGGCCGCCCUGCAGAACGGCCCCGUGUUCGUCGGCCCUGUCGAGAUGGGCCUCUUGAAGCACCAACCAAACGCUCGCGGCCCUAUCGGUGCCGAUCACUACGUCGUGAUCCUCGGCAUCGACAAUGACACGGUGGAGAUGCAUGACCCUCACGGCUACCCGUACGCCACCCUGCCCCUGCAGGAGUUCAUGGCCGCGUGGAAGACCGACUCACUCGGGUACGGCAAGUCGUACACCAUGAGGACCGACUUCAAGCAGUUUGAGUCGCUGACGGAGGAGGACGUCAUCCGGCGCUCCAUUCCCAACGCGCUCAAGCACCUCAACCUCAAGGCUGCCGGUGUGGAGGAGAUGCCGCCGGGAUCGGCUGCGAACGAGGCCGCGACGAAGUGGCUAUGCGACAGAAUCGAAGUCGGGCUUCCCGAUGGAAUGCGUGCCCAUUUCGUAUACUUUGCCGUGCAGGUUGGCGCGCGGCGAAGCAUCGAUGCCGCGACCUGUCUAUCGCGUGUGGGCUACACCGCAUCCGCAGCGGUCAUGGAUAAGAUUGCGCGCACGAUCGGCGCUUUGCAAUACCCGCUGACGCAGAAGCGCGAUGAAGCCGCAUUCGCUAUUUUGCAAAAACUCGGCCCGAUGUAUGAGGAACUGCGUGGCGUGCUAGAGACGGAGGCGAAGAAGACUGCAGCCAAUUAG